UUUGUACAACUAGGCUCUAGAAGUUACAGUACCCACCACACCCGACGCUCCAGCUGUGCUUCUCCUGUGUUGACCUCGCUUUCUUUCAGCCAGCGGUUCCCUUGAGCGUGCUUCGUCCUGCGAAUUCCUCCCUCAUGGAGUGCUCCAUCAUGCUAGCCUCGUUCCAAAUAUCUUAUUGAGGAAUCUCUCCCUCCUUUUCAAGACGAACCAUCUCAGCUUGUGACAAAUCCUCAUUCCCGCGACUUCAUCUACCUAAUAUUCCGAGUUAGAGACUAUUCUUUCGAGUCGAGAAGAGAGUGCUUUCGUCGACCAUGACCGCCAGGAACGGCUGCGAGCAAGCAGAGCGCGACGGUUUGUCCGUGGCUCGCGAGUGCUUUCAGCCACGAGGAUUCCAAUCACCUCAGCUUCCACCCGCCAUGGCUCGCGAUGAUUUCUCCGACUUCGUCACCUUCGCUCCCUCUCCCUACUCCGCCAACCGCCACAAACGAAACGUCUCCGUUCCGGAAUUCCCGGACCUCCGUCUGCUUUCCACUCCAUCGAAACCCGCUUCCUCUCCCAUCCUCGCACCACCACCAGCGACAGCACCAGCUCCAGCAGCGGCACCAUCGUCGCUGACGUCAGCCGUUCCGCUGCACGAGCGUUAUGCGAAGAAGCGGAUGAUCGGCCAGGGCCAUUUCGGCCAGGUUUGGGCCGUGGAGGACCUGGUAACUCGGAGAACGUUCGCUUGCAAGAGCAUUUCCAAGAACAGCUCCAAGUUCGGCGAGACGGAGAUGAAACGCGAGAUCGCGGCUAUGAAACGCGUGUCGGGCCACGACAGCAUCGUACAGUUACAAUCCGUUCACGAGGAUUCGGAGUCCAUGCAUCUCGUCAUGGACUACUGCGACGCGGGGGAGCUGUACGAAGCCGUGGAGCGGCAAGGAAGGUUCCCGGAAAAGGAGGCCGCGAAGGUGUUUAAGCAGCUCGUGUCGGCCGUCGCGUACUGCCACUCGCAGGGCGUCAUGCAUCGGGAUCUCAAGCCCGAGAACAUCCUUCUCUCCGCCGCGUCGUCCGGCGCUUACUCUGGUGGGAAUUCCGGCGCAGUUUCCGGGACGGAUUCCACCCUUGCAGCUCCCGAGGGCGUCGCGACGCCGCGAGAGGCAGUCACCGUGAAGCUCGCGGAUUUCGGACUCGCGAUUUUCCUCGCCAAGGGCGAAAAGGCUUCCGGAAUCGCGGGGUCUCCGCUAUACAUGGCUCCCGAGGUUGUUUCUAGCGCCUACGACUUCGCAGCGGACGUGUGGUCGCUGGGAGUCGUGCUGUACAUCCUCCUCUGCGGCGCGCCGCCUUUCGGCGGGAAGGACGACGCGCAGAUCAUGCGCUCGAUCUGCACCGACGAGCCGGAUUUCUCCGCGCCCGCGUGGCGGACGGUGUCGGCGGAAGCCAAGGCGUUCGUCCGCUGCCUGCUAGUUAAAGACCCCGCGCGCCGCCCGCCCGCGUUCAAGCUCCUCGCGCAUCCGUGGGUUCUCGUGCACACGCGCGGCGGGCGCAUCGUACGGCGGAAAGUGUUCCCGAACGGACGACCGGGAACUUUCCCGGUGAACGGCCCGGGGAUGGGCGCCGGCGGCGCAAUGAUGAGCGGCGGGUUCGCGUCGCCCCUCCGACCGCGCGCAUGGCCUGUUGCGGAACUUGCGGGGACGCCUGUGCGCACGUGCGGAUCGACGAACGUGGCCGCCGCGCUCCUGUCCCCCCCGAUGGCCAUGAUGACGCCAGCGAUGACGCCAGCGGUGACGCCACUCCUGUCCCCGGCGGUUGGUGUGACGCCGAUUCUGGGAAGAAUCGCGGCGAUGCGGGUGGCAGGGUCUCCUUCCCCCUUCGCCGCCCCGUCAGUUGCGCCAUCACCUGCUGCGGGGCAGUGGGUUGCGCCGUCCCCUUGGGGGCAGUGGGUUGCGCAGUCGCCUGCGGCGAGUCAGUGGGUUGCGCAGUCACCGGUGGUGGGAUCGCCGUGGUCGGCUGUUCUCGCGGGGAGUGCGCCUCUUGGCUACCACGCUUCGCCACUACGGUGCCAGCAACAGGUGGAGCUACAGCAGCAGCAGCAGCAACCGCAAACGCAGAGUCAGGCACAGCAGCCACUCUUCUCAGCUCAGCAACCACAGCCGCAGCCACAGCAGCAGCAGCAGCAGCAGUCACGCCCAACACAACUGUUCCGGACGUUCCAGCUCUGCCCAGUGGAGCAAGACGAACCGAUGCACCAACAGCCGCAGCACCAGCACCAUCACCAGCACCAGCACCAUCCGCACCAGCAGCACCAGCAGCAUCAGCACCAGCAGCAGAAACGGCUGGCUCCCAAGCGGCUGCUGUGGCUGCCCAAUCUCUCCACCCCCUCUCGUGGCGCCUCCGCUCCCUCGCCUGCCCGCUCCGACUUGGAUCCCAUUUCCCCCUGCUUGGCGCUCGCUCGCAAACCCAUCGCACCCUCCACGGCUCGAAAGCCCCUCACACCUUCAAGCACCCUCGCUCCGCCCACUCUCACCCACCCCACUCCUCUGCUCGCCACUGCACCCACCCCGCCCACUUCCGGAGAGUUCCAGCUCCCACCAGCCGCUGUUCCUGUCGCUGCUGCUCCCACGGCACCUCCUGCUGCUGCUGCUGCUGCUGCUACUCAUCUGCAGGCGAACGACGUCUCCACUUCCUCCUCCUUCGCAUCAGCCUGCGCGUCCCUAUCCUCCUCCUCGUCCUCCAUCGUCCCCACUUCGAGCGCUGCACUGCUGCCGACCGGCGCAGGCGUGGCUCCUUCCGUCCCUGCGUUGGCGCCCAUCACACCGGAUGCAACCCCUGUGCUCGCGCCAGCCCUCCCCAGCGCAGAGCCCAGCCCGUCUCCCUGCCCGAUUUCAGCACCUGCUGCACCUGCAGCAGCGGCAGGAGCAUCUGCAGCAGCAGGAGCAGCGGGAGCAGGGGGAGCCGCAGGAGCAGUGGCAAGGUGCUGCCGAACAGCACGAGUGGGCAAGUCUCACCUGUCAGGAGCAACUGGUUCAUGCUUCUCAUCUCGAGCAGCUGAACCUCCUCAGUCAAACCUCGUUUCUUAUAUGCUCAAACCCAUGGAGCCUUCACCCGCCUCCGGGCCACAGCAGCAGCAGCAGCAUGGGCUUGUGCACGGGUUUGGAUCGGGCUUUUGCAGCCUGGCUGAUGAGAGCUCUGGGUCUGUUGGGUCUGCUGUUGGGAUUGCGUCGGCGUCUGCCGCUUCUAGUUCUGCAAUCUCUGGUUCAGUUUCCUCUGCUCACUUGGUGUUGAAUGGAGGCGUAGCAAGGAUGGUAGAAAUUCCCUCUGCGUCGUGUCUUAGGCGCUGUCUCUUUGUGUGACUGGUGCAAAGGUGCACUCACAGUUUUGUAGGGUGUGAUUUGGUGUAAAUCUGCAUUGCUUUGAUUUGACAAGCUCGUUC